AUCUUCUGGUUGUCAUUUAUUGGCUUACUAUACCGUCAUGUUAAGGCAAACUUACGUCCAAUGAGCCGAUGAGCGGUUGUUUCUAGAAAUAUUCAGGUGCAGAACCUAACCUCCCCAGCUUUCCGUUAUUUACCCUAUUGCUAAUUGUGCUAGGGCAUGAAAGACGCACUCACGCAUUAUCAGGUACUGGGUGUUUCUAGGGAUGUCACUCCAGAACAGCUAAAACAAGCUUAUCAUGCGGCGGUUUUGAAGCAUCAUCCUGAUAAGACUCGGAGCGAACGCGUUGAUGGCGCUGACGCCGCCAGCACUUGCGAGGGCGCUGUGGCAACUGCCGUUGGCGCAGCAACUUUUCAAGUAGUCCAAAAAGCAUGGGAGGUGCUUCGAGACUCGGGUCGUCGAGCUGCGUACGACAGUGAGCUUAGUUUAAAGGAAAUGCAGCAGCCAAUGUCUUACCAGGACGAACUGACUCUAGACGAGAUGGAUACUGAUUGCCAGGAUGGACAAGGAGAGCUCAUUUACACCUACCCGUGCCGCUGUGGUGAUCAAUACGUUCUACACAAGUCCGAAAUGGCAAACCACAGCACCGUUGUCGUGCCGUGCAGGACUUGCUCCAACCACGUGUUAGUGAGGAUGGAAAGCCCUUAAGAUGUGCUUCGCCUGGACGGUGCUAACAUUGCCUGCGCUGGCCCCAUCCAAGCCUGUACGUCACCUAUUCCACGAUUCUCGCUACACCUCGACAUCUAUCGAUUCUCGCCUACGCCUUUCGUUGGUCUCCCCUGACAACACGCCUCUGGGAAAGGGUGAGCUAUGUUGCCUCCCCAUGAACCAGUGCACGCAGCCAC